AUGUCCAACAUCGAGCCUCUCGACCCCGAGAUCGUGACCAGCAACCCACAGGGUGAGAAGGGCGCCAAGCGAUCUUUUCAAGAGAUUGAUCUUGAGCGCAAGCACUCCGUUGCCGAUGAUAUGGGGAAGGCGGAUCAAGCCCGUUAUGAUAAGAUCGACCAUGAAGUUGCGAAGUAUGCUGCUGCCGAAGCCGUCCACGUGUCGCCUGAAGAGAGCUUGCGACUACGGAAGAUGAUCGAUAAACGCGUGCUAGUUAUCAUGAUCACGACCUAUUUCCUGCAAGCUAUUGAUAAGGGCACACUAUCAUUUGCAUCUCCAUCAGCAAAAUGGCCGUGGUUGACAACUUGCGUGUACAUUGGUAUCUUGGUCGUCGAGUAUCCUCAAAAUUAUAUCAUCGCGCGUGUACCUGUCGCCAAGUAUCUAUCUUUCAGCAUUAUCGCAUGGGGGAUCGUCCUCGGCUGUCACGCAGCCUGCAAAAAUCUCGCCGGCCUCAUUGCUGUUCGAACUCUUCUCGGAAUAUUCGAGUCGGCAUGUCAACCUGCCUUUGUUGUUCUUUCCGGCAUGUGGUACCGCCGAGAAGAACAAGCCGCUCGUGUGACAUACUGGUACAUGAUGAACGGCGCCCAGCAGAUAGUCGGUGGUCUUCUUGCGUACUGUUUCACCCUGAUCAAGACAGGUCCUUUGAAGAACUGGCAGUGGCUUUUCCUGUCAUAUGCAAUCAUAUCAGUCAUCUUCGGUGUAUUCGUGGGCUGGUGGAUGCCGGAUUCUCCAAUGCGAGCCAAGUGCUUCAGCGAAGAGGACAAGAGACUGAUGGUUGAGCGAGUCCGAGAUAAUCAGACUGGUAUUCAAAACAGAACAUUCAAGAAAGAGCAGGUCAUCGAAGCGUUCAAGGAUCCCCAGACAUGGUGCUAUGCCGGUAUUCAGCUAUGCACCACCUUCCCCACAAGUGGUCUAGGUGCUUUCGCGAAUGUGGUGAUUAAGGGCGCCUUUGGCUUCAACACUCUCCAGACUCAACUGCUCGCUAUGGUUCUCGGCUUCUACAUCAUCAUUGUCCUCCUGGGUUCGGUAUUCCUCGUCAAGAAAUUCAAUCAGAAUUUGCUCACCAUGCUUGGAUUUGUCGUUCCUUCGUUCAUUGGCACCAUUCUGAUCAUGACAAUUCCGAACAAGAACUUCAGCACUGCCGUUGGUCUACUCAUCUGUUAUUACAUCACCCUGUCAUUCUGGUCGGCACAGACAUUAGGUCUUAGUAUGAUGAGCCGUAACGUCGCAGGUCAGACAAAGAAGACUGUUGUGAUUGCCAACAACUUCAUCUGGUGGAGUGCCGGAAACGCUGCUGGAAGCCAAGUCUUCUUGGCUAGAGAGGCACCGCAUUAUCACACCGCUUUUGCUUCGCACCUUGGCUGCUACUCCCUACUGGUCAUUAUCAUCGUCUACUUCCGCUGGUAUCUCACCCGGGAGAACAAGCGCCGUGACGAAUUGGCCGCAGCUGGCGUGAGAGAGGCUGCAGACACCCGCAUGGUUCACGCUUUCGAGGAUCUGACAGACAAGGAGAACCCCAACUUCCGUUACGUGUACUAA